AUGGCGGGUCAAUCGAGAAAGUGGAUGAUUCUCGUGGCUACUAUAUGGAUUCAAGCGUUUACAGGUACGAAUUUCGACUUUUCAGCAUAUUCGUCGGAGUUGAAGGCGGUAUUGGGGGUUUCGCAAGUGCAGUUGAACUAUUUAGCGACGGCGUCGGACCUUGGCAAGGCGUUGGGGUGGUCGUCGGGGCUGGCGUUGAUGUACCUUCCGCUGUGGAUGGUUAUGUUCUUGGCUGCGGCAAUGGGAUUGAUUGGGUAUGGCGUGCAGUGGCUUGUGAUUAGGAAUAUCAUUGCCUUGCCAUAUUUUGUGGUGUUUUUAUUGUGCUUAUUAGCUGGAUGUAGCAUCUGUUGGUUCAAUACAGUAUGUUUUGUUCUCUGCAUAAAGAAUUUCCCGGGUACUCGACCGCUUGCUCUAGCUCUUACAGUGAGUUUUAAUGGAGUAAGUGCAGCGUUAUACAACCUUGCUGCAAAGUCACUAAACCCUUCUUCUACUUCAUUGUAUCUUCUUCUCAAUGCAUUCAUUCCCCUUUUCACAUCCAUUGCAGCACUUAUCCCCAUUCUUUGCCAACCACCCCUAGAUCCUCUCUCUCCAGAUGCUGUCAAACGAGAGCAAUUAACAUUCCUUAAAUUGAACUUACUGGCCAUCAUCACAGGCCUCUAUCUUCUCUUCCUGCACUCAUCAAACGCAUCAACUGCUGGUUUUCUAUUUAUAGGUGCCAUUUUUCUCCUCAUUCUCCCUUUAGGUAUCCCAGGUAUUAUCUAUGCUAGAGAUUGGUUCAAGCGCACAAUUUACAAAAGCUUCCAGUUUGAGGGGUCGGGUUUUAUGCUUGUCAAUGCUGAUGAUCUUGAACUACAUAAAGAGCUCCUUAGUCGGGAGAAUAGUGUAGCCAGUGGACUAAUCUAUACUGUUAAUGGUGAGGAUUCUGUUCGUGGAAUUUCUAGACAAAACACUAGAGCCAGUGAAGGGUGUUCUUGUGAUACAGUAAUAGGCCAAGAUCGACUGGUAAUGCUUGGUGAAGAGCACAAGGCAAAAAUGCUUGUUUCUAGGAUAGAUUUUUGGUUAUACUAUCUAGCAUAUUUUUGUGGGGGCACAAUUGGACUUGUGUACAGUAAUAAUCUUGGGCAGAUAGCACAAUCACUUGGACAAAGUUCAAUGACUUCCAGGCUCAUCACAAUGUAUUCAUCCUUCUCCUUCUUCGGCCGUUUGCUUUCAGCAACUCCGGACUUCAUACGAACGAAGUUCUACUUUGCAAGAACUGGGUGGCUGGUCAUUGCGCUUUUGCCUACGCCAAUUGCCUUCUUCUUGCUCGCUGCAACUGGCACGGAGAUGGCACUCCAAGCAGGCACGGCUCUUAUUGGAUUAAGCUCGGGAUUCAUAUUUGCUGCUGCUGUUUCAAUAACAUCCGAGCUUUUCGGACCAAACAGUGUAGGAGUCAACCACAACAUUCUCAUCACAAACAUCCCUGUUGGUUCACUUGUCUAUGGCUUUCUUGCUGCUACUUAUUAUGAUUCUAAUGCUGAUUCAAGGCCAGGACUCCUGACUGACUCGGUGGUUUGCAUGGGAAGAAAAUGCUAUUUCUUGACUUUUGUAUGGUGGGCUUGCAUUUCUAUCUUGGGGCUGGCCUCAAGUUUGAUACUAUUCUUGAGAACUAGGCUUGCCUAUGACAGAUUUGAAAGAAAUAGAUUGUCAACAAUAUUGGGUUAA